CUCUCAGUUUGCUCUUUUAAUAUAUUAUGUUGUUCAAAUAGUUACCUCGUUUAUAAAAAUUGUAUUACUUUUUUUGACAAAUUUGUGGUUUUAUUGUGGAAAUUUAAACAUACAAUUAAAACACACAGCUAUGAUGGCUGUUAUUUCGCCUCGAACAUAUUGUAUACAAGAGGAGUCUUAAAACGUUUUUCUCGGUUUACACAUUUUACUAAAAUAAUAAAUACUUAAUAUGGCUUUGGACGACGAGCAAAAUAACAAAAUAGUUGAUACUGAAGUUCCUGGAAAUAUUGGUGAAAAUGAUUGUGAAAUAGUUGAGAACACAAAUGACACAGUAAAUAUUGAUCUCACAGAACCAAACGAAGCCGAAUUAGCAUCGAAUAAUAUGGAAUCAAGGAAAAGGCGUAAGAGUAAUGGGAAUAUAUCAAAUGCAGACGACAUGUCUGAGGCUGGAGAGCCUAUAUAUAAAAGAGACAAGAAUGCCGAUGAUACCUCAUGGAGUCAAGGCAAUGUAAUAGAUCUAUAUGGGUUGAAAUUAGAAUAUUUGAAACAGUUGAACAUCACACCUCCUCUUACUGAAUGGGUACAUGUUAAGAAUUUCAGAUGUGACAAAUCGGAAUUGAAGGAGGUACUGGAGUUCGCUGGACACGUUAUAUACUGUACUGUUACGCACGGUAACAACAAAUACGCCAGGGUUAGGUAUAGUCAUCCCUUAGAAGCAGUACAGGCUAUAUCAUUGUUAAAUGCUCAAAAAUUUUAUGGUCUUCAUUUAAAUUUAACUAUGAUUAAAUGUCCCCAUGAUACAGUUAUAUUACCAAAAGGUCUCAAUAAUAUAGGCACCGGUUUAGGAAAUUAUGGUAAACCUUUGAGAGACAUAGUGAGGGAAUAUGAAAGGUUUAAGAAUGAACAGCCUUCACUAAUUAAUAAAUCUUUAUUUAUGUUUGUGGAAUCAAAUGGCGAGCAAAAUGGUAAUGAUAAUAAACCAAAGGAGGAGAGUACUGAUAAUAAUGGAGCCGAAGCUGAAUCUGAGGCAUUUAUAAAAGAAAACGCAAUUAAUAAUUUUGUAAUUAAGAAUGUUGAUGAACUAAACAAUAUUGAAACGGAUUAUGAUAGUGAUACAUCUGAAAUAAAAAGUAUCAGUAAUAAAACGAAGAAUGCUAGUAAUUCUAUUAGCGAGUCCGAUGAAGAGCAAAAUGACAAAAGCGAGAAUAAAAAUAAAGGGCCAGAUAAAGCAGAUGACACUAAAGUACAAAAUUUUGGCAACAAUCCAUCUAACUCUAUGUUACAAUUCAUGUCUAAGAAAACUGGUGAUUCAAAUCACUAUUCACAGACACAGCAGAAUUCCUCUUCUGCAGCUUCACAUUACCCCCGGUUUCCCCAAAUUGGUCCUACUGGGUCUAUAUGUAGACCUGCGGGAAAUAAGAGUGGGGGUAAUUGGCCUAUGACUGGACCCAUAGGAGCAAUGGGAGGCCAACGUAGUUUUAUAAGUGGUCCUACGGGCUCAAUUAAUAUUUCCAAUAGCCAUUUAAGUGGUCCUAACGGUUCCUUGAGUGGUCCAAUGGGUGGCUCUAGUGGUCCUCAACAUGGUCCAUUGGUGGGUUCAAUGAGUACUAAUAUGCGUGGCCUAUUGAGUGGUUCAAUGGGUGGCCCUAUGGGUGGGUCAAGUGGCCCAUUGAGUGGUCCUAUGGCUGGCCCUAGUGGUCUUGUGGGUGGUCCCAUGGGUGGCCCUAAUGGUCCCGUAGGUGGUGCAAUGGCUGGGUCUAGAGGUGGCCCAAUGAGUGGUGGUAUGAGUGGUUCCAUGGGUGGCCCCAUGCCUGGUCCCAUGGGUCCUCGUCCUCCCAUGGGACCAUUAGGUCCAGUGGGUGGUCCAAUUGUUCCGAAUGGUCCAAUAGGAGGCCCUAUGUUUGGUCCUAAUCGUCCUAUGUCUGUUUCAAACUGGUCUAUGUCUGGCCCUGGUACACAAGCAUCCUCAAGUUCUACAAUACGUCUUCAAAAUCUGCCACUGUCGACUACGUUUGCAUUGUUAUCUGACAAGCUUGCACAGUGUGGUCAAGUGUUGUCAUUACAGUUGGUCUCUCCUGGCUGCGCAGUCGUGAAGUUUAGUCUUUCCAAGCAAGCUGAUGUGUGUUUCCAACGCUUCAACAGGACCUGUGUGGAGGGGCAUGUUAUCGAGGCGGUUUAUUUGUGAAUUGACGGAUUUCAAGAUUGUCCAGUUAACAGUUUUCUUCAGACCAGCAGGACGUAAGUAUUUAAACAAGUAUAUACAAGAUCUAAUGUUAAGUAUAAUUGUAUAGUAACUUUAAGUUUUUUUAUAAUUGUAAAUAAAGAAUAGAAAUAAUACUUAAGUUAUAUUAGUGUUUAAGUGUGUUGAAAUAAAAACUAGAAUCGAUUGUAUGAAAUACGAUUUUAAAUGAAACCUUGAUUCUAGAAGGAAAUACAUUCCUUCUUAAAAGACUGACAUCUGACCUGUGAUUCCAGAUGUUGCAGGUGUUCAUGGGUAUAGUAAUCAACUUAUGUAUACCUAUGUAAUAACUUAUAGGAAGGUCUACUUUGAUAUUUUCUAAUGCAAUUCAUUACUGUUCUUUUUUUAAGUUAAGCCCUUAUUUUCCAUAGACUGAAGGCC